AUGACUGAUCUGAGGGCGAUGUUUGCUCGCCUCAGUUUAUUUGUUGAUGGUAGUCUAUUGGCUGAAUUACAAGUUAAACCGACGUGGAUAGAGCAUAUUAAGGGUAAGCAGAAAGAGGAUGGGUCGUUGGGACUUCAUUUUCUACAAGUUGAGAGUGGAAAUAUCAAGGAUUUUGGACUGAAUAGUGAAGGGAUGUACCGUGACCUUCGUGAGUUAUACUGGUGGCCAGGUCUUAAGCAAGAGGUUACCAAAUUUGUGGCUAAGUGUCUGGCAUGCCAGCAGGUUAAGGCUAAGCAUCAGUUACCUUCGAGUUUGUUACAGCCAGUCAAGAUUCCACUUUGGAAGUGGGAGAGAGUGACUAUGGACUUUGCUAGUGGGUUACCCCUCACACCUAUUAAGAAGGAUUCUUUGGGAGGAUUACUUGUCGCUGCAGAGUUUACUUAUAACAACAACUAUCAGUCUAGCAUUCAGAUGGUACCUUACGAGACUUUAUAUGAUCGUAGGUGUCGCACACCUUCAUGUUGGACUGAGUUGGGCGAGCAGCGUGUUUUGGGCCCUGAGCUAGUUUCUGAUACCGAUGAUAAAGUUAGACUGAUUCGGGACCGAUUGAAAGCGGUAUCUGAUAGGCAGAAGUCCUACGCAAAUCUGAAGUGUCGAGAUAUUGAGUAUUUUGUGGGGGAUUUCAUUUUUCUCAAGUUAGAGUUACCUCCAGAAUUGAAUCGAAUUCAUGACGUGUUCCACGUCUCUAUGUUGAGGCACUAUCGUUCUGAUCCAACGCAUAUUGUUCCUGUUGAGAAUAUCGAGGUUAGGCCAGAUCUGACCUUUGAGGAGGAGCCAGUUCAGAUUUUGGAGCAUGAUGUAAAGGUUCUAAGAAGAAAAUCCAUCUCGUUGGUUAAGGUUAUUUGGAGUAAUCAUAGCUCUGAGGAGGCCAUGUGGUUGUCUGAGGAUGCGAUGCAACAGCAGUAUCCUCAUAUGUUCUGA